CUUGCCAAUUUGACGCCGUGUUUCCCGCGAUUUCUGUUACAAUAAUGUCGGAAGACCGUAGAGUUAGGCUUGGAAGCCUGCGUGGGCCAGACCCGAUCGAUCAGUUCCUGGAGGAGCAUUUCCUAUACAGGAAGCACACGGUUACAGACGCCACCAGUCUGUUCCGCGUGGUCUCCGAGCAAUUGUACGACACCCAGAUGCUGCAUUACGAGAUCCGGAUGGAGUGCGUUCGCUUCAUGUUCCGCAAGAGACGCCUCUUCGAGCGGCAUGUGCGCGGCAACUUCGACGAGUAUCUGUUUCGUAUGGAGAGGUCGCAUACCAGGGGCACGAUGCUGGAGCUGCGCGCCAUGUGUUUGCUGUAUGGCCGCAACGUGGUCAUGUACGAGGGCUUCCAACUCGGCGAAACGCUCACCAUCGGAGACAACAGUUACCAUCGUGAUGUCCUAAGGAUUUUCAAUGAUCGCAAUGGGCACUUUGACACUGUGUUCACCAUGCCACAGAUCACCAUGGCCGCCAUUUGCCAGGCCAUUGCCUUUAAGCUCCUCUAUCGGCAGCUCUUCCGUCUGCCGGAUGUCAGUCUGGCGGUGGAGGCGAUGCUGUAUCCAAACACCUUCGACUCGGGAAUCCAAUUCGAAAUGGAUGCUGGGAAGAACGUUAUCGGUAUUCUGUGUCCCAAUGGCAAGACUUUCAAGCUAGACCGUCCGGAGAACACUCGCUGCCUCCUGACCGAUUACAAGACCUGCGCCUACCACAAUCGUGGGUCCAAGGCCCCAUUGCCAGUAUCGUGCGUGCGGCAGUUUCUCGCUGACGGGAACAGUCCCUUUACUUAUUCAGUCUCUAAAUCCCUGGAUCCGUACACCUAUCGCAAUGUGGAGCUGCAUUGCCUGAAUGCCGCUCGCCGAGUGGCCAGAAAUCUAAACAUCUACAUGGGCGAUUACAAUUUCAAAGUGGGAGCCAAGUGCCAGGUGGCUUUGGACCCGAAGCAGCCGCAAAAGAUGUCCAUAUGUUACAUCCAGCGCAUCAAGUGGGACAGGACCUCGACCAUAGUUUUCUCCCAGGAGAAGGCAGACUUCCUGACCAUACCCUAUGCAGCGCUGCAUCCAAUGCCACUCUCAGAGUUCAAGCCUUGGGAUCCUCCGUUCAGGUCUAGGCGUACCACCCGUCUGUUUCACAAGCAGCGCCCAAGAAGGGUUCGCAUGGGGCAGCGGCUUCCGGCUUCGCAAUCAGGAUUAACUUUGCACUCGCAGGGUGAAAAGGUAAUUCUACCUUUUCCUCUUGCGACAGGCCAGACCAACAAUGAACCAUCAUCAAACCAAGAGAAUCAAUCAACUGCACCGGCGCCUAUGCCAGUGCCCCAACCUUCUUUGCACGUUCCUCGACCACCUUUGCAGAUUCUCCAACCGCCGAUGUACAUUUCCCGACCGCCAAUGUUCGUUUCCCGACCGCCGUUGACCACCGUUCGUUACCAACUUGUCUACACAACGCAGCAGCCAGCAAUUGGAUCACAACAAUUUAUGCCAGGACAAUUUCCGCUUCAGCCUCAGAUAAUUCGUCCUCCAGGGAAUUUCUACGUCAUGCCAUCACCACAUGCUCCAGUGACUGCUCCAAUGCCGAUGCCUUAUGCCGACAACAGUGCCCCUAUGGGCACCCAGACUAUCAAUCCCUUCCAGCCACUUACCUACUAGCUGGGAUGUAAGACUUUCAAAGAAAUUUUAGAAAAAAACAAAGCAUGAAUUUUAG